CUCAAAGAUCUUGAACCACAUUCCCGUGUCUUGUACGAGGAGACAAGUUCUCGUGGUGGGAUCGUCAUGUCCCAAUCAACACCAGCCCAGCCGCUGGUCAUAAUGAACGCUGCGGGCAACAGACAACAAGUUCCACUCAGGGACUACCUCAACGCCAGAGUGGCGCCAUUUCUUAAAAAGGCUAUAACGGAAAGCCUAGGUGUCGAGGCCGAAUUCCCUCUGCAAUGGCUGGGAGAAUGCCUCAUCCACCAAUCGAUACUCUACGAAGGCAACCCCGACGCUACAAACAUCCGUGAACGAUUCGCCUACAAAUUUGAAGAUCCAAAACCUCAAGAAAAGCAGCCAUCACCUGCACCAGCUGAGGGCGAGCCUGUGCAGACAGAUUCCGUGCAAAGCCAGCCAGAAUCGAUACAUCCCGCUGUGGAGCCGUCAUCAGACACCUCAAGGAACGAAGCAGCGCAAGCAGAUCCUGCACCCUCGUCGUCUACAGUUCCUCCCAUGCCCGAGUCCGGCCCCGGUCCUAACGAAGCCGUGGUGAAUGGUAUCACCAAUGAAGAGGCACCUGCCAACACAAACGUACCCAAAGACGAUGAUACUGAAAUGGGCGGCACGUCUUGAAGGCAACCAACAUUGCCGCACUCCGGUGUCGCGACUUUCGCGGUUGAACCCCACCGUCAGGGGAAAUGGCACAGUUGAGCAGCGGCUGGAGCUAUGUCGAAUAAGGAUUGCAUUAUCACACUUACAACUGCAAAGCCGGAGUACAUGCCCCAGAGAUUUCAUUCACGACCUUUCACGUAUACGAAAUCUAGAAGGCCCAGAGCUCGACUGAUACGGCAUCGAAUGUCCUAACCAGCCUCUACACGUUUACCCAGCCAAUUCGCAGGAUUAGCUGCAUAGCGCACAUCUUCCUCCUCGCACCGCCAUAACACGAAUUGUUGUGCCUCAAGACAUGUGCACAUCCAGGCAAAUGAAGGAAUCCUCGUCGUGCUUAGACUGAAGCUCUGUUCAACAGUUCAAAGUCUCAAAGAUCGAACUUCUACUGUAGAGCGAUAGUGGUGGAGAAGUAGCGCGAGUUCACAAGCGGGGUGGAAAGAGGAACAGAGAGAUGGCAGGGAUCACUUCACAACCUAGAUAAUGGCAAGAAGUCGGAGGGUCCAAAGUCGUCAAAUCAAGUUUGCCUUGUCACUCUUGUGUAGAUCCUUGACAUGAUCUGAUCGCUAGCUGCCACAAAGGUCAGUGUGUGAAUUUGCGGAUUUGAUAUCAUUGUAGAUUCGUGCAGCGAAGAAAAAUCAGAAGUCCAUUGAGAUCAUC